GUCACAGUCCCAAGGACUUUGACAAGUACUUCCUCACCGUUUGCAUAGAGACUCCUCUAGGGGUGGACUACAAGGACUGUCUGAUAGAGAAAAAUGAGAAGUUUAGCCUGGCUGGGAUUCACAACUCUUUCUGUAGUCUAAAACAGCUCACAGACUUCUAUCAGCACAGUACGCUUCUCAUGUCAGAAAUCCCCGUCACCCUGGGCAAGUGCUGCCCACCCAGACCAAAAGAACUUACCAACAUGAUCAUCAUUCGUAACAGCAGUAUGACUGAAAUGCCCAGUUCCCCCAUGUUACAGAGACACAAACCAAGCCACAUGCAAUUCCACAUGAUUAAACACGAGGACCUCACCUGGAGGGAAAGCUUAGGUCAAGGUUCCUUCACGCAUAUCUUCAGAGGCAGUAAGACAGACCAGCGUGACGGACUGACACACUCCACAGAGGUUCUUCUGAAGGUCCUGGAUGCAAAUCAUAAAAACUGCUGGGAGUCUUUUUUUGAGGCGGCCAGUUUGAUGAGUCAGAUUUCCCACAAGCAUCUUCUGCUGGUAUAUGGCAUCAGUGUGCACAAAUCCAAAAACAUCAUGGUGCAGGAGUUUGUGAAGCACGGCGCACUGGACCUGUACCUGAAGAGGAGCGCGUCUGUGUCAGUCAGCUGGAAAUUAGAUGUGGCCAAACAACUGGCCUGUGCUCUUAACUUCCUGGAGGAGAAGAAUAUUGCACACGGGAAUAUUUGUGCAAAGAAUUUGCUGUUGGCCAGAGAGGGAGACCCUUCCUCUGAUAACUUGCCCUUCAUUAAACUGAGUGACCCUGGCAUCAGCAUGGCCUUGCUGGGCAAAGAUGUGGUGUUGGACAGGAUCCCAUGGGUGGCCCCGGAGGUUCUGGAUACACUUGAGAUUGAACUGGAGUGUGACAAGUGGAGUUUUGGGACAACGCUGUGGGAGAUUUUCAAUAAUGGAGAAGCUCCGUUGCAGGGCCUGGACCUCGUACAAAAGCAGCAGUUUUAUGACCAUUUCUCAAACCUGCCUGCGCUGGAGUGGGCUGAGCUCGCCGACCUGAUCGCUCAAUGUAUGCAGUACCAGCCUGAGCUAAGACCGUCCUGCCGGAGCAUCAUCCGCCAGCUUAACAGCCUCAUCACUUCAGAUUAUGAGAUUCUUCAUGCGACUGGCACACUUCCCAAGAGUGACAGCCUCUGGAGGAGACCGAACAUGUUCAAAAAGCAACAACAGGACGUUUUUGAGGAGCGAUACCUGCGAUUUAUCUCUGUCCUGGGAAAGGGUAACUUUGGCAGUGUUGAGCUUUGUCGUUAUGAUCCAUGGGGUGAUAACACAGGAGAUCUGGUAGCUGUAAAGGAACUUCAGUCAAACAAACAGGCCACCAUGGCAGACUUCAUGAGAGAGAUCCAAACUAUCAGCUCCCUGCACUGUGACUAUAUUGUCAAAUACAAGGGCAUCUGCUACAGCGCAGGCCGACUUAGCACAAAACUGGUGAUGGAAUAUCUUCCGUAUGGCAGUCUGAUUGGAUACAUGGAAAAGCACCGACAGAAUGUGUGCACCCGAAGACUGUUGCUCUUUGCCUCGCAGAUCUGUAAGGGUAUGGAGUACUUGCAAAGCAUGCGUUAUGUUCACCGUGAUCUAGCUGCUCGCAACAUCCUAGUCGCCAGUGACACUCUGGUGAAGAUCGCCGACUUUGGGCUCACAAAGAUCAUCCCAGUGGAAAAAGAGUACUACCGUGUCACGCAGCCAGGAGAAAGCCCUAUUUUUUGGUAUGCACCUGAAUCCAUUUCAGAAUUUAAAUUCUCCCACAAGUCAGACGUAUGGAGUUUCGGCGUUGUUCUACAUGAGCUCUUCUCUUAUUGCGACAUCAGUCGAAACCCCAAAAGGUUGUGUAUCCAGAAGAUAGGAAGUUAUGUCCAGAGUCCUUCCAUGGCUAUCCAUCUUCUUAAUCUUCUCAAGGAUAACUGGAGAUUACCGGCACCAUCUCAAUGUCCACCAAAGGUGCACAGUAUUAUGAUGCAAUGUUGGGAGUUCAACAGCGAGGACAGACCAAGCUUCUCCUCUCUACAGGACCUGAUUGAGAAUUGCCUGUUAGAUGAGAGAGAGGGGUGUAAGGGGUAAAAACAGAGUUACCCCAAACAGAUCACUGUUUUCAACAUAUAUGUAUAUGUGAUAUAUAACUGAGUAUUUGUAAGACAUGAUUUUACAGUAUUUUUUGUUGAUGUUUUGUUUCCUUUCAAACCACAGAACCGUAUUACAGUAGAUCAGCUUGUAUAUUUGCAGCUAAGCUUUCCAUCUGUUUGACUCGCAAAGAUCAAAUUUUUCCAGUGCAUCAUGUUUUUUUUCUGAUUUUAUAUUGCCAUUUAAUGCAUUUAAUGAUAUAAAGCAGUUGAGUAAAAAGGUA